AUGUCCUCUCUGAUUAAGACAAAGGUUCUAAUCCUGUCAGAUACUCAUGGACUACGUUUUGAAGCAGAUAAAAGUCCACUAGCACCGGUCGACGUUGUUAUCCAUUGCGGUGACCUCACAGAAGAUUCUAAGCUGGAAAGCUUCAAAGAAACGAUUCAACUUCUCAAGGAACUCGAUGCCCCCACCAAGAUUGUUAUUGCAGGAAAUCAUGACUUCUCUCUGGACGAUGGGGUCUUCAAGAAUAAAAUUGCGGAAGCAAGCAGAGUGGCACAAGAGGAUAUCGAGCAAAGCAUUAAGGAUGAGUAUGGAGACUAUGGUGAGGCUAAACGGCUACUCAUUGAGGGAGAUCAUGGUAUUAUGUUCCUCAACGAAGGAACCCAUGAGAUUCGCCUUCAAAAUGGCGCCUCGAUGAAGGUAUAUGCCAGUCCAUAUACUCCUGCUACUGGCGGCAGCACGGAUUGGGGCUUUCAGUACAAUGCGGCCCACGAAUUUGCCGUUCCAAAAGGGCUUGACAUUGUGGUGACACAUGGCCCGCCUCAAGGCUUAAUGGAUACGACGACAGAGAAACAACGAAUCGGUUGCCCUCAACUAUUUUCUGCCAUUGCGAAAGCACAGCCCAGAAUUCACUGUUUUGGGCAUGUCCAUAACAGUUGGGGGGCAAAGAUAGUUUCUUGGCGGCCCCAGAUCUCCGAAAAUCCAUCUCAUUUCAGCGAUAUCGACAAUACGAAGUCGCGGGUUAUCGAGAGUCUGCCCCGUUUAAAGGGAACCAAGUGGGAGUCUCCGGAAGACAGCCAAUCUCGGCAAGAAAGAUCAGAGCGGUAUAAGUCUCAAAGAUUCUGUGUCACCAGUUGUUGCCCGGGCGACGAAGACCAACUGGCUCCCGAGGAGACCUUGUUCGUCAAUGCGGCACUUAUGGGAAGCGAGGGACUCACGCAGUAUCCAUGGCUUGUAGAAAUUGAACUGGAGCGUUGCCGAGGCGGUGGGAACUCUGCGGAUGGAAACUCGAAUCAGUCCUCGGUGGUAGUGUUGGAAGACGAUCGCAAAAUCGAGAAGCGAAAGGCCAGCAAUGCUUUCGGCAAAGGAGGAGAAACUAAGAAAACAAAACUCGAUUUAAAGGAGGAUUCCAAGAGGUAG